AGAGCAGUGAACACCUGGUGAGGAGUUUUCUCGCAGAGAAAAAGGACGGACAAGAAACAGUGGCACAGAGACUGGGAGCACUUCCAGCCUUCAGUUCCUGCAUGGAAAGGGUGUACCAGCAGAUAUGGGCCUGAACAACAUUCUCAUUUCUUUUCUGCUUCACCUGGGAGUGCUGCUUCCCGUGACUGCGGACCAACAUGCUUAUGCCAUCGCUGGCAAGCCUUUUACCCUUUCUUGUCCUGAUGCUGGAAAAAACCAAAAUCCAGGCACUGUGAUAUGGAAACACAAUGGGACAAAAGUUCUUAACUAUAUGAAAGGGAGACCUUGGAAAGGUAAAUCCAGCUUAUACAAAUACAAAGGUACAGAUAAUGGGGAAUUCUCCUUAGAAAUGCCAGAAGCAGAGGAAGGCCUUUAUACCUGUGCUGUUGAUGGAAGAGAGACAAAUAUUCACCUUCGGUUUUUGAAAGUGACGGGCUCUCCAGAAGGAUCUCUCCUGCAAGGUGAGAGCCUAGAGCUGCAGCUGCAUCCUGCUAGUUUGGAACAAGUCACAAUCGAAUGGAUUAGCCCCCGCCAUGAGAGGGGCAACCCACCGCAUUGGACUCUAAUGGACAACAAUCAGAGGCUGCGAAUUAAAGAGCUUCAUGUUCAGGAUGACGGGAUCUGGAAAUGUUCCGUCCUCGGGCUGGUGAUCCCCUACAAAGUCACGGUCAUAGGUUUUCUCAGCGCAUCAGAUAAAGAGAUCUUUGCAGCCGUUAAUAGCACAGUGACCUUUUCGCAUGAGUUGCAUUUUAACUCCCAACACAAAAAUGAUCUGAACAUUAAGGAACAACUCCUGACUGGGAAUAUAUCAGGAAGUCUUGUCUUUCUUGAUGCCAGCGGUGACUGUGAUCAGAAAAAAAUACCCAAUGUCCAGUUUAAGGAUGCUGGAUGGUACCCCUGCAGCCUCAGAUUUAACCGUGGGUAUUUGAACAAGACCAUCCAUUUGAUCGUGAUGGAAGUUGUCUUCCUUGCAGUCUUUGCCACGCCCCCAGGACCGCUCUUUAAAGAAGGCGAGGUGAAAUUUUGCUGCAGCAUCUCCGCUCCUCUCCCGCCUGGAGCUCUGUUGCGCUGGGAUAGUGGGAAUGAAACCAAAGAGAUUUCUGACUGCCUCGUGAUCAGAACGGCAGGGCUGUGGACCUGCAGCCUCAUAGUGGAGGACAAAGUGAAGAUCAGGGUGAACUACACUGUGGAGGAGGCCUCGUUGCAGCCUCGAUUCCCUCUGAUGGAGUCGGCCUGGGGAGCCGGUGUGGCGCUACUGUUGCUGGCCCUCGUAAGCGUGUGCUUGUCCACCUAUGUAACUAUGAAACGGAAAAAGCAACGAGUGGAGAGGAUGGCCCAGGCAAAGCAACAUCUGCUUGCAAAAAGGACUUGCCAGUGUCAAAGCAGUAACAUGGCAGUCCCUCGUGAAGCGGCAGCUGACACGACCCACCAUCCUGCCUUUACAGAAAGGACGGAGUUGCAGGACCCAUUCCCCCCUGCUCGGAGAGGACAGCAGGUGGCUUGGAUAGGGAGCACUGUGAUGUUCAACCUCAUGUGCAACAGCAUCGAGCUGUUCCUUGUGGCCCAAAGGGCGGCUCACGACAUCCUUCUCUCCUCCUGUCGACCUUCACAACCACCCGGCGAGGUAGGUGAGGCCGAGAGCGGGGGCCCUGACGGCGCGGGGAUUCGAACCGGGCCCCGCGCGUCCCCGGCCUGCCCCCUCCCUCGGCGCCCCGAGCGCGCAGCGCCCCCCGCCUCUGGCAGGGACGGCGCGCCGCCUCCUGCCCUCCCCAGAGGAGGGACGCCGAGCCCCGCCGAGCUCCGCGCCGCCUCCCCCCGCGCCCGCAUUAGCGACGGAGCGGCGCGCCAAGGGCCGGGCCGGGGCGGCUGGACCUCGCGGGCGGGCAUGUGGGCAGCGGCGGCGGGCGGGCGGGCGGCGGGGCGAGGCGGGGAGCCGCGCCCGCAGGCAGCCGCGCAGGCAGGCGGCGGCCGAGGAUGCUCCGGUCGCCAUGGCAGCGGCGGCGGCGGCGGCGGCGGCAGCGGCGGAGGUAAGCCGGCUCCCCUCGCGCCAAGCAGCCCCGGCAGGAUCUGGCCUGGCCUGGCCGCCCGCGACGCCCUUCGCGCCGCCGCCCCCCCCGCCCCGCAAGGGCUCGCCCGCCCGGCCCGGCCCAUCCGCGCCCUUCUCCCGCCAGCCGUAACCACUGGGGGCCACUGCCGGCCGCCAUGGCGCCAGGCCAGAGGGCCACAGGAGUGGAGGAUGCGUGACGAACAGCAGGAGAAGGCGACACCUGGGGACACAGGACUGGGCUUGCAUACGGAGCCUGGAGACAGUGGGAAGGAGAGCCUCAGCCAGAAGGAGAGCCUUGGGCCGCAGCAGCAGCAGCACGGGCGCCCAAACUCAGGACGCGUUAGCAAGGAUGUGCAUAGCAUGCGUUGA